AUGAAUCACCAGAACCCGGAGAUGUACUUUCCCCAGCACAUGUCUGGGGGCCAACCCCCGCCCUCCCAGACCGUCACCUCAAGCAAUCUCAACUCCUACCAACAGCACUCGCCGCAUCUGAUGCAACGGGGAAAUGCUAAUUACAGUGCUCCAAACCCAUAUGGACAAUAUCCUCAGUAUAUGAAUGGCUUGCCGUCGCCUUCAGCCGCCCAACCAGUGUCGAAUCCCAUGGGUGCUACCCCUUCAGUUCUACCACUUCCUGGAGUUGCUGGACAGACGUCCAUGGCCAAUCACUAUGCAGGUUUUGAUACCACUGGCCAAAACCCCCCUCCGGGCAUGAAGCCGCGAGUUACUGCCACGCUGUGGGAGGACGAGGGCAGCCUGUGCUUCCAAGUUGAAGCCAGAGGAAUUUGCGUUGCCCGACGUGAAGAUAACCACAUGAUCAAUGGCACAAAACUGUUGAAUGUAGCUGGCAUGACCCGAGGCAGACGGGAUGGCAUUUUGAAAAGCGAAAAGGUGCGCCAUGUCGUAAAGAUUGGCCCCAUGCAUCUGAAGGGUGUCUGGAUUCCAUACGAACGGGCCCUUGACUUUGCCAACAAGGAAAAGAUCACAGAAAUGUUGUACCCGUUGUUCGUUCACAACAUCGGAGCUCUGCUGUAUCAUCCCACGAACCAAACCCGUACCAGCCAAGUCAUGGCGGCUGCUGAACGCCGUAAGCAAGAGCAGAGCCAAAUACGGCCUCCUCCGCCUCCUCCCCCAGGCCUGCCAUCAAUUCAGCAGCAUCAACAAAUGGCUCUGCCGGGCUCUCAACCGCCUCUACCCUCUCACAGCAGUAUGGCUAACCGUCCAACUCUCGACCGUGCUCAUACGUUUCCUACACCACCAGGUAAUCCCGCCGUUGGCGGCAUGGGCGCGUCUGAUAACUUCGGCUGGCAGGGUCAGGCAAUGAAUGGCGCACAAGGUGGCAAUCCGCUGGCUAUUGAAACUGGGUUGAACAACGCUCGCUCGAUGCCAAACACACCAGCCACGACACCUCCCGGUGGUCAGCCUAUCCAAAACAUGCAGUCCUACCACCCAGCUAGCCAGGGCUACGACAAUUCACGUCAAAUGUAUGGGACGCCUGCUUCACAGCAGUCGCCGUACCAGAACGCGAAUCCUGCUAGCAACGAGCGCAUUUACCAGCAGCCUAGUUCUUACCCUAAGAGCGAUAUGGGACCGCCGUCUGGCCGUCCAGCCGCCCCAGGUCAGCCAGGGGAUCAACAUGAUCCCAAGGCUGGCAAUGGAAUCAUGGCACCUGAGCAGUCAGCUCAUGGCCACGAGGAAGAAGGCGAGCAUGAGCACGACGCAGAAUACACCCAUAAUAGCGGUGUUUACGAUGCGUCUCGCGCCGGUUAUAACUAUUCUGCCCCGAGCGUUGGCAAUUUGGCAAAUGAUACCAACAUUAGUCCUGAUAUGACUGGUUCUCCAGGUCAUCCUUCUGGCUCAGGGCGAGCAACACCCCGCACAGCCGCUCCUCACCAGUCAUACUACCCCCAGAACACUGGUUAUAACACACCUCCUCGCGUUCAGCAGACGAGCAGCAACCUCUACAACAUCGUCAGCAAUGACCGUGGCCAACCUACUGCGGGACCGGGUGGAGAUGUAUAUGCGCCAACUGCCGACAUGUCGAACCCUAUGCCCAACGGCUAUGCACCUCAACCACCUCUUAUGAACGGUUCUGCGGGAGGUAUGAAGCGGGGGCGCGAUGAUGACGAAGACUUGUCCCAAUCGGGCAAUGAAGGUGCCAAUGGCAUGGCAAACGGAGAUCUUAAGCGACGAAGAACAAUGAUUGAGAAUUCUGUUGCAGCUCCGGCCUACGAUGCGUUGAGCCGACCGGCGACGGCCAUUACUGCGCCUAGAAGACGGUAA